AUGGAUCCCGUUGGGUUGGAGGAUGCGAUGGACUUGUCCAAGGACAGGUCCCAGAAUCAGGGCGUCUAUAUUUACCAGCCCGCAAAGUCCGGGAAAGCUGCUGGCGAACGACCCUCGAAGCGCAGAAAGGUCUCCUCGACGAACAUGAAGAAGGAACUGUCGGAAUCCCAAGUCUUUAUGCCUUUGCUGAACGGCGACGAAAGCCACGAAUGCGUGAAGUUGAGGUUCGACACCUAUAAGCGACUUUGGUCGGACCAGGAAAACAAGAUCCAGAAUAUUCUUCAAGAUGUCGAUGCGGGUGUAUUGACAGAUGUACUUUCUUUUGUGAGGGAGACAUCACCACAGACGUCCAAUGGCUGUAUUCCAACAGGCUUAGUUACUGUCGGAUCCAAUGUUUCCUCGCUCAGCAGAUUGCUCACCCGCCUUAACGAUCAACUUAAAUCGACCAACGAGGGUGGUGUGGUUGUUCUCGAGUCUGGCGAUGCGCCAAAUUUGAAGACGUCGUUGAAGAACAUUAUUCGAGCAGCGGUCACCAAUACGGAGGGAAACGAUGGGUACCAGCGAUUUUUGACAGAUCGUUCCGGACCUCGAGUGCUCGGAUACGAUCUAGAUCUGCUCUGCGAUUACACCCAAAGAAGAGGGACAAAAAAGCUAGUUCUCGCUCUACGGGAUAGUGAGGCAUUUGAUCCUGCCUUGCUGACAGAUUUGUUUUCAUUAUUCAAGUCCUGGCUUGAUCGCAUACCUUUCACAGUAAUACUCGGUAUCUCAACAUCAGUUGAGCUUUUUGAGGGACGACUUCCUCGUUCAUGUGUUUCUUUGCUCCAGGGCCAACAUUUUGAGGUUCAAGAGGCGGGCAACUGCGUGGAUCGUAUUUAUGAAGCCCUUCAGACUAGGUCGGAUGGGCAGAUUUGGAUUGGCCGUAACAUUACAAGCACAUUAUUUGAAAAAGCAAGCGACUACUUUCAAACACCGGAGGCCUUCAGUCGUAUUGUUAAGUAUGCAUACAUGUCGCAUUUCUUCGCAAACCCCUUAAGUGUGCUUCUGGGAAACCCCGACCCCUCAAUAUUGCCACAGAGCCGUUUCUGCGAAGCCAUCAGAAAUUUGCCGUCCUUCCAAAUGUUCUGUGAGGAUCUGCUAGAAGCAGGAUCUGUCAAUGAAUCCCGUAGUAUGAUACAAGAUGAUGAAUAUCUGCUUCGCGCAGCUUUCGACCAUGUCGAAGCAGGACAGCAGGUAAUGCGUCACAUCUUCAGCGCGGUGCUUCUAAUUCAUACUUGCCUUCAGCACACACAGGCUACCAAAAAAACGACUAUCUCAGACCUAUCUGUUCGCGCACUUGCCGGCGAGCUUGGCGAGUCGCCUCUUGUGGAAGACAUGCUGGCCACAGUGAGGACCAUGGGCUCUGGAAAGCUGACCGAAGUGUUGAACAAUCUUCCGACACUCGCGGACGAUUCUCCUCUCACUGUCAUCCAAGCUGAUUUGCAAGCCUUGCUGGAAAAAUAUGCAGACAGCUUGCCGCUGAGCAGCGAAUACAAUAUCAACAGCUCCGUGGUGAAAACUACUGUCGUCCAACAACGAGUCUUACUUACCAAAGGCAAGGCUAAUUUACCGCCACAAGAUAUUGAAUACACCAGGGUCGUUGAUCGGCUGGUCGCUGCGCUGCAGGAAUAUUUUAUCGAAACUUUGAUACGACCGCAAGACCUAUUUAUGCAUGAGGCCUUCCUCUUCGACUUGCGCAAUCCUUUAAAAGAAACUUUCACUCCUCGGCCACGCUUUGCCAUUGAAAGAGCAUUGACUAGCCCAUUUGACUAUCUUAUAUCUACCGUUGAAACUCGUGCUAGGAUAUCCGCAAAACAACCCGCUGGAGCCAUCUUGUAUCAACUCUAUCUUGAAUCAGGUGCUUUGAUCAAUGUUCACGACUUGUGGCAAGCUUUCUAUGGCGUCUAUGAAAGUGAUCAAGGCAAAAAGGUUGACGAACGGGAAGUCAUGGCGUUGUUUUAUGGUGCCUUAUCUGAUUUGAAGAUGUUCGGCAUGGUUAAAAAUAGCAGGAAGAAGACCGAUCACCUAGCUAAGGCGGCAUGGAUGGGACUGUAA